CCUUGUACGCCCAUUGUGUCUGCCCUUAUCAUCCACUACCAACCCAUCAUCAAUCACAAGGGGGCUGACGGAUUGCCCUUGAUCCACAGCUACCGUUGCCCCUUGUCUCACUGCUCGGCAUAUCAUCUUAUACGGCAGCAGACUGGAGUCGCAGGAACAGGGCGAUACCCUCUAGCCACCCCUGACUCUUUCCCUUACAAUGGCUUCCUCGGACGAGGUCCUCGAGGCCAACGUCUCCUCUGACAACAUCGGAGUGCAAGAGACGGCUGCUUUCAAGCCGCCUACUCGACCUGGUGCAUCUCUACGAGCGCGCAACAGCGCUGCACGUCUCCUCGAUUCGACCAAUGCAGAGGCAUCGAGCAGCACAGCCAAUGAAGGACUUGCCUCCUCUUCCAGUACCCCGAAGCACGCCACAAGCCCAUCCAGUACCGAGCGCAGUGAUCUUGCAGCCGCUAUACAAGCACAGCGCACUCGCCUCGACAACCUCGGACGGCAGAAUGAGACGCAGACUACCGCCGUAGGCGCCCUGGGACAUGACCUCCUCCAGCAGCAGAGGGUCAUCGAGUCCCUCAAGGAUGAGCUACGGAAUGCGAGGCGACAACUUGAGAGCUCCGACGAGAACGAUGGGCAGCUUGGCGAGCAAGUCAAGGCAUUGAUGGAGAGGAUCGAUGCAGAGACGUCGGAAAUGGUUGCCAAGAGCGAACAAUCGCGGUCAGCGGUGAUCAACGCAGGUAGGGAAGAUUUGCCAGGUCUGCCCACCUCAGCCAGCGCCAGCAAUGUAGCUUCUCCUUCGACGACAUACGCCUUCCUCGCAAAUGACCCGACUACCAUGCGCUCAAGUCAAUCUCACAGCGCAGGAUUUGGAGUGCAAGGCAUCACCCCUAGUCGCUCUUCUGACAGGAGAGCCCGCAAUGCCGCUGCCCCUUCCAGCAUUCAUGACAAGGAUCUUGUCAACCAGCUACAGGAAGGUCUCGUGAAUGAAGUCCGGCGCCUGCAAGCUCUCCUACUGCAGCGCGAACAGCAGAUGAAGGCCCACGAGGAGACGGCGAAGAAGGCUGAUGAGGAGCUGGGCCUGUGGAGGCCAAAGGCAAUGUCUCUCAUGGAGCAGGAAGACGCUCUCAAGCAAGAGAAUUGGGAUCUGCAAGUGAGGGGCCAACAGAUCGAGGAGCAACUCGAGGAAGAGAGGGCUGCUGUCAGGAAGCUAGAGAGCGAGCGAACAAGAGUCACUCGAGAGCUGGCGAAGGUACGGGAGACGGCAGAUGAGAGGAAGGCUCAAAUCGAGGGGCAGACAGCUGAAUUGGAAGCCCUCAAGAGUACGAGGGAGACCGAGGUCGCUCUCGCACGAAAGGACAAGGCGAGCUAUCUUCGCGAACAGGGCGACUUGCAGGCGGAGCUGCAGAAGUACAAGGCAGAAGCUCUUCGUUUGGAGAGGGCCAACAUGUCGCACAGCGGCAGUCGCGGCAUGCUCAGCAUCGACAAUACCUUGGCCGGCGACGAGUCUACUGACAGCGUCAUGCCUCCUGUACUGGCACGUGGAGGUGGUAAGGCUGGCGCUCAGAACGCAGGGGACUUUUCCGAGGACACCGAAGAGCACACAGGGAUGGCAAACACGGCACGUGACCGCGAGGUCACUGACCUGCGAGGCAAGCUCGCCUUGGCCCAGAAGAAGACUGGCAAGGAUUCGGCAGAGAAGCGCAAGCUACGAGAACAAGUCGAGACUCUCCGUCGUCUGCUCAAUAAGGCCGGUCUUGACGCACCUGCAUGGUCCGACGUGGAAAGCAGUGAUGACGACGCUGCCGAGGAGGCCUGGGUCGAUAUCGCAUCCAGUGCUAGGACAAAGGGCAAGGGCGGUAGGAUCCCCAAGAGCUCCACGAGGCCCAACAUUGCGAGUCGCUUCGGCCUCACACCUUCCCUCAGCGCUCAAACGGUCAGCGAGGCUGGUGAAGAGUCAUACGAGGACGCAUCUGGAUCUGGCUUCGAAGAUGAUGAGAGCGUCGACAAUGAUGAAGGCGGCGGUGCUGGACCUGCUCGAAAGAAGGAUCGCCGACGCUCCACUAUUCGGGCCAUCAAUCGACUUAGCACGAACAGCCCUCUUUCGACUAACGUGUCCCUUCCUGGCGACGAGGACGAUGAGAGCGUCGAAGAACCCGUCAAGCGUCUUCCUACGUCGCGUCGUAGUGCUGGCGCUGGGCAAAGGGUGGUCUCUGACGUUGUCCCGGCCGCUGCUCUGGGCGACGAGCUUGAUGAACUCAAUGAGCUGAACGACUUCAACGACGCGGCCAACGAAAGCACUGCUUCUCUCCCUGCGCCUGAAGUCAGCCUUGCUCCACAGAUGGCUCGAGAGUUGAGCGAAGAGGGGGUGCAGACGGAGGAUCUACCGGACCUCGUCACCCCUGCUCUUGCAGCACAGCAGGCUCAGCACGAAGAGACACUGCUCGCCCUUCAGCAGACUCUGCAAGCUCAACAUGAGCAAGCUCUGUCCGCUCUCGAGAGGGAUCACCAGGCUCGACAUGAAGACGUCGUGGCGUCCUUGCAAGCAGCUCACCAGUCAAGGCACGACGAGGCGAUGACUGACGUCCGUGACCGCCACAAGGUACACAUGGAGUCGCUGUCUCGAGAGCAUGAAGAAGCCGUCGCUGCUCUCACUCUCCAGCACAAGAGCCGUUUGGACGAGCUCGCUGCCGCGCAUGCACAAGCUUUGCACGCCAGGGACGACAAAGCAGCUGAAUACGUGACACAACUUGAGCAGGGCCACGAGGCCUCUCUUUCCGAGAAGAUGGCCUCUCACGCUGCAGCUCUGGCUGCCGCGCUUGCUUCACAGAAGGAACAGCACGAGGGAGCCAUGGCCGAAGCCCGCUCUCGUCACACUCAAGUCCUCGCUGAUCACGUGGCCAAUCACACAUCCGCUCUGGGCGAGGCUGAGGCCAAGCAUCGAGCAGCGCUUGCAGAGCGUGAGAAGCUGUACAAGAGCGAGACUGAGAAGCGAGACGACGUCCAUCAGCAAGAGCUCGCACAGCGUGAGCGAAGGUACAAGCGAGCUCUAGAGGAGGCUUUGGAGGAGAAGGAGCGCGAACAUCAAGACAUGAUCGAGGACAUUCACUCCACCAACGACUCCUACCUGAGUCAGCGCGAUGCUGCUUAUGGAGCUGCGCUCAAGGAACGAGACGAGCAAGUCAUCAAGGCUCGUGCCGAACUGCAGCGUCUGCGAGCAGAGCUGGAAACCUUGACUGCCGAGUUGGCUGAGGCUAGGCGUCUUCUUGCAGCGGCUCUCGCUGGCAGCGAGACUUACGCACGAGACUUGGAGCAGGCGAGAGACGCACACACUGCUGCUUCAGCUGCCGCUGCCGCACAACUGGAGGCGCUACGUCAACAACACCUGACGGAGCAGGCGCAACUGCGUGAAUCGCAAGUACCUUCCAUGGUGGAGCUCGCUGACACGAAGCGUCAGCUGGAAGCAGCGCUUGCUGACAGUGAGAAGAACGUGCGAGAAUCAGAAGAAGCAAGGACCAAGCACACUUCCGCUCUAGCAGCAGCUGCUGCCGAGCUUGAGGCGCUGCGUCAACAGCAUUUGACGGAGCUGGCUCAGCUUCGAGAAUCGCAGGUUCCAUCAAUUGUAGAGCUUGCCGACACUAAACGUCAGCUUGCGGCAGCGCUCUCUGACAGCGAGAAGAACGUUCGAGGCCUGCAGGAGGCAAGGGACGGACACACUGCUGCUCUGGCGACUGCUGCUACCCAGCUCGAGGCACUACGUCAACAGCACCUGACUGAGACAAAUCAGCUUCGUGACCUGCAAGGGUCGGCAGCAGCGGAACUCGCCGAGGCCAGACGAAUGCUUGCGGCGGCGCUUGCUGAUAGCGAGAAGAAUGCAAGAAACUUGGCCGAAGCAAGGGACGCGCAUACAGCCGCUCUCGCUGCUGCUGCUUCGGAACUCGAGGCCCUGCGUCAACAGCACUUGGCAGAGGAGAUGCAGCGUCGCGAAGUGCAGGCGCAGACGGAAGCGCUAGCUACCGAUGGCGCUUGGUCGCAACCUCCCUCGAUGGAUGGCCAUGAUCACUUCUCCGAUGCAGUAGACGAUAGGUUCGAGGCUGCAAGCGCAAGAUCAGGAGAUGUGACCCCUCAACCGGUAGUCGAGGUGCAGAAUGAGCCGGAGUUCGGUGUGCGAAGGGUCAUUCUAGCCGACCUCAGAGAGUUUGGUAUUCAGACGGACGACGAGAAUUGGGCUCGCAUUCAGCAGGAGCAGCUCAUGCUUCGCCCGAGCGCCAUUGAUGUCGCUCGGCCAGGAAAGACUGCUGUUGGAGCCGGCGGCCUCACCGUUCUAGGUGGCUAUGCUCCCCAAUCCGGUGCCAGUGAUCGGGGAGCCGAAGUCCAGCCUGCCCCUGCGCUGUACAGUGUUGACGACGUCAAUGCCGCUCUCCAGCGUCGCUCAGCCUCUGACCCGGCUGCUACCCGACCAGACACUAGCAAGCCGCCCGUUCUGGCCGUCCCGCCUCCUCCUUCCGGACCGCCUCCGACUUCGCAAGAGAGCGGUGCUGAAGUCUCCGCCCCUAUGCGACCCACGUCUCCUCCACCUCCGAAGCUGAUCGCUCGAGCCUCCCUGGGCAACAACCGAUCCCUUAUCGUCCCUGGCAGCCCGGGGGAACCUUCUCGGCCGUCUUCGAGAAUGUCCAAUGCAGGUGGCCCUCCCAGCUCUUACCGAAGGCCUGAAAGUAGGAUGACCAUGGCAGAUGACGGACGCAGCGUCGAUUCGAACACUGCAGGCUACCUUCUCAAUAGGCCUCAGAAGUACCGUCGCCCGUCUGGAACAUCCAUGGGAUCGGACGCGACUUCGCUCAUGAGUAGUCAGACCUCCUUGAAUGACUACCAGAGUUCGAAUGCACACGAGCACCCCGGUGACGAGACCUUGACUGGCCGACCUCGACCAUCUCGAAGAAGCGGACGUGCCUCCAACAUGGUUCCAGACACCGAUGCGACUGAUCCGGUCAUCAUCCAAGCUAUUACACAGACUAUGAUUGGAGAGUACCUUUACAAGUACACACGGCGAGCAGUGAGGGGCGGCCUCUCCGACAACAGACACCGCCGAUACUUCUGGGUCCAUCCCUACACCAAGAUGAUCUACUGGACGGCGACUGAUCCAGGUGGGGACAAGGCGACCGAAGGAGUCAGCAAGGCUGCUUGCAUCCAAGACGUCUCCGUAGUCGAAGAUCCGAACACGAGCCCACCUGGUCUGUACCACCUGUCACUCAUCAUCAAGACCUCUGCUCGAGACAUCAAGGUCACAGCUGAGAACAAGGAGCGCCACGACGUCUGGCUCAAUGCUUUGGGCUACCUCGUCAACCGAGGCGACAUGGAUUCGGCUGCUGCAGACACCACUGUAGUAGCUGAGACUGCAGCCACUCCUUCGAUCACAGGAACGCGACGUCGCGGUUCACUCUCGCGUCUGCUUGCCUCCCCUGGCCGAAGUCUCUCUACUCUGGGCCGACUGAAGUCCACCGACUCUUUGAGCCAGCAGCAAGAUAACGAUGCUACGCCCAAGGGGCGCUCUGCGGCCGAGGGAUCCGUUGCCGGUUCUUACCGAAGCAAGCGACGUGACACUGCCGCGCGCGAGUACCUCCAACAGCAGUCCCGAGGGGGUCCGGCCAAUGACUUUGGAGUGGACGGACGUCGAUCUCGCAACAGCAGUGCCGGUGGUCGUACCGGCGCCUUGGAUCCCGUCACCGGUGAGCGUCUGAAGACGGCAGAAGAGAUGCUCGAGGAGAAUGAGCGUGAAGGGUUCGAGGGUCUGGACAAUGUUCGAGCCUGCUGCGGUGGAGCGCACGAUGUAGGCGCUCUUGCACACAAGCAGUAUCAGCAGCGCAAGACGCAUCGAAGACCCGGCAGCAGUCUGGGCGUCGCUGGUGCCGCUGGACCCCAUACUCCACGCCACAGCAACUUCUCCAUGAGCGGACCGGGAACCUCGCGCCCUUCAAGUCGGCUGAGCAACGUCUCCAAUCGCCCUCGUGGUAGCUCGAGCAGCACCCACUCUACCAACCAGGCCAUGCGAGAGCGAGACACCAGCUCACCACCACCGCAAUUGGGUCCUCUGAAUCUCAAUACGCCCCGAGCAAAAGGAGGAGCUCAGAAGGGAGACACGCACAACAAGACGGGCGAGACAUUUGCGAGCCUAUUUGAUCUCCCUGCCCCUACUCCUGCUAACAGACGUGCUUCUGAGGCGGCAGGGGAAGAGACAUUGACUCCCAAGACGGCAGGCCCGCGAUCUGUGCGGGUAACGGAUCAGUAUGGCUCGGUCAGGUCGACGAGGUGAUGCAGGGAAGAAGAGAGCAGUGGUGGUAUCCCCUACGUUCGCUUCACUGAGUCAGCACAUUCUUUUCGCUUCCACACGUUACAUCUCCUUCCUCUAUGUGAUACCUCUAUCUUGCUUCACACUCUCAAUCGUUACAAUCCCAUUUUCUUCCGCGUAAUGCUGUGCAGCA